AUGGGUUCCAUCGUCAUCCCGCAUCUUAACAGUGGCUGGCACGUCGACCAAGCGAUCCUCUCCGAGGAGGAGCGCCUUGUUGUCAUCAGGUUUGGGCGCGAUGCCGACCCGCAAUGCAUGCAGCAGGAUGAGGUCCUCUACCGCAUCUCCGAGCGCGUCAAGAACUUCGCCGUCAUCUACGUUUGCGACAUCGACCUGGUCCCCGACUUCAACCAGAUGUACGAACUCUAUGACCCCUGCACAAUCAUGUUCUUCUUCCGCAACAAGCACAUGAUGGUCGACUUUGGAACGGGUAACAAUAACAAGCUCAACUGGGUCCUCGAAGACAAACAGGAGCUUAUAGACAUCAUCGAGACGGUUUACCGCGGAGCCAAGAAGGGUCGCGGUUUGGUCGUCAGUCCGAAGGACUACUCAACCAGGCACCGAUACUAG